AUCGAUGUUGUUUUACUAAUUUGGGAUAAUUCAAAACAUCCCCUAUUUUCAUUGGUAUAUUCCGCGGUCAGAGUUCAAUAAACGGCGGGAUGGGUCGUGACAAGUAUAUUGGUAUCACUUUCAACUAAGGACUAAGUAACCAACAUGUCAGAAGAUGGGCAGGCCCCAAGGAAGCGAUUGUCCCUCAAGUCAAGAAAAGCCAACAAGAAGGCAAAACUGGAUGAUACAGAUAAGAAGACAAUGUCACACAGGCCUUCAAGUUCAACAUCAAGUAGCAGCAGUAACUCCAUCAUGUCUGCAUUUGCUAGACAGAAAGUUCCAACCUUUGCCUCCUGUCCAGUUUGUAACAAGCGCCUUCCAAUAUCUUGGAUGAAUAGUCACCUUGACAAUGGCUGCCUACAAAGUGUAGAUUCUGAAAACGUCUGCAAGCAAAUGGUGCCGCAGGGUAAUGCUACGAACCCUGCUACAAAAUAUGUAGAUGCUGUAUUUAAAAAUGAUAAGGUUAAUGACUGUGACAUAUUUGAGGAUGAUAUGCAAGUUGAAAGUUUGGCAUCUCCCUCCAGGCCUAGUGAAGAAAAUGUCUGCAAAUCAGCAACCAAGAGGAAACACCAGCCAAUGGGAUCCACCAGCCCUUACUUCAAGAAGACCACGCCUCCCCCAAGGCCAAGCAUAGAUGGAGAAAAAUUAGCAUCUAUGAGUAAGAAGAUUUCAAAGCUUUCAAGGAAACUUAAAGCUGAUAGACCAGCCCAAAGCAGAUAUAAGAAUAAAAGAACCAAACCUGUUGAAAAGGAAGAAAUGACAAAUGUUGAUCAACAUCAGGAGACCCAAGAAUCACAUACAUGUACCAAUUCUGUUUCAGUACUAAAAAAAAGCGUCAAGACAACAAAUACAAGAGACUGCAAAGUUGUAUCAUUACCAAAUAUGGGUGCCAACUUUUUGUACUUAGAUGUCAAAGAGCUGCUUCCAAAUUUUGAUGAUGUAAUUGCCCAGGAAUUGGCCUUAUUUCAAAUGUCACAAACAAGCAAUGCAGAUGAAAGAGAUAUCAAUGCUGGUUUGCCAAGUGACAAUAUUGUCAAAGAAGAUGUGCUACCAGAUGUCACUUCUGAACUUUCAAGAGAAGGUGGUGCAACAAGUCAUUUGCAUGAAGACAUGUCAUCAAUGGACAGUUCAAGUUUUGAUGACUUCAAAAGUCAGUCGUCUGUGCCUUCCAGUCAGUCCCAGGGAUUUGUGGAAGAUACUAUUGACUCCAGUAAAGGAGAGUCAGUAGAUGACUCUGGCCGAGAAGACAAACCAAGAAUACCGUAUUAUCUACAGAAUUUCAACACAAUUCUGACCAGUGUGUUGGCCAAUGAGAAUGACAAAAGCUUGUUUAAUGAGGAGGACAUGAAGUGUAUAGAGGCUUUCAAUGGACUGGAGGAGGCUGCACAGAAGUUGUAUGUCCGCCUGUUCCAGAGAAAGUUGACCUGGCAUAGACAGGGGAAACUGCAGUAUCCAGAGAUCGCUGAGGACCUCAGCCCUGUGUGCAAUAUGUUGGUCAAGGAAGGUUUCUUACAAAAUGAACGUGAUUUGACAGAUGUGACAGAAGUGCUGCAGCAUCUUUCUGCUCCUGACCUGAAGACUUUAGCCAAGUCCCUCCAUAUCCCCACCACCUCCCUCCCCAGGGCACAGUUGGUACAGUCCAUCCUCAACCAUGGCAAGGUACAAAGGACUAUAUUUGGAGAUGGGUCAGCCAUGAUACUCAAAAGAGCCAGGAAGCUACUCGGUGGCUGUGUAAGGUUGACAAAAGACCCACGGGCAGUGUUCACCCGAGUGCUUCUCCUGUUUAACCUGUCCAGCUCUGCAGAGGAGGAGGAGAAGGGCAGCGGGGGUCAACAGCAGCUACAAACCAUUCUAAUGGUGAAGAUGGGGAAGGUGACAUACCCUGACAUUCCUAUCAACCGACCAACCAAGAUCUUCCACAGCAGGGAGGAUUUACUAAGGUAUGAGCAAGCCAUGCAGUUUGAAAAUGACAUCAUGGUUGCUAUGGAGACCAACAAGUUCCACCUGGCCCACCAGCUGCACCUGUCUGCUGCUGAAGUUUUCUCCUCCAUUCAGCAAGAACCAGAGAUAGCAAGGUAUGAUGCUAGCCUUCCUUCCUUUCUGCGAUGCUUCACAGCAUCCUGGGUCUACACCGGCAUCCUGUCCCGAGGGGUGGAAGUUUACGAGAAGUUACGUCAGUACAGGGAGGCAGUAGACCUCCUGAACAGUCUGCUGUCCGACAAUCUGUACUGCUCAGACUCCCAUGGGAGGUGGUACGAUCGCUUGGCUUUGAAUUUGGAGAGUCACUUGAAGCAACCUGAAGAAGCUCUACAGGCCAUCCUAAGAGGACUUGCUGACCCCCAGGUGAGGUCAGGGCACCGACUAGCCCUAAUGAUCAGGGCACAUCGCCUGUGUGACUCCAACAACAACCCAAAGCUCAGGGCAAGGAAGGCAGAUGUACCUCCAAUUCCUCUCAGAGAUCUCCCCAAGGUAACCAUCACAGGGAGAGUUUACCCAGUAAACCAGCCAGGCUACAAGAACGUGUUCAUCACUACAGACUCCUACACAGAGGACAGCCAGGACGUCACUAUCUGUUCUGUAGAGGAGCUCUCACUGGCACACUACAGGGGGCAAGGUUAUGAGGAAGGUAUCCAUGGAGAAGGCAGUACCUACUGGACUCUGUGUCUGCUGCUCCUGUGGGAUGUAGUGUUCAUGGAGGGAGUGGCUGAUGUCUUCAGGAGUCCUUACCAGUCCUGCCCUCUUGACAGAUAUGCGGACAGUUUCUACACCAGCCGGAAGGCAGCCAUAGACAGCAGGCUGGAGGAGAUCAGACAGGCUGACACUCAGACUUUGCAGGACUGGGUGAGUUCCAGCUGGAGCAGUCAUGAUGGCCAGGCUUGUGCUGGGCUCAACUGGGACAGGUUCACUUCAGUGGAACAUGCACAGGGCCUGGUAGCAUGUAUGGGUGGACAGUUCCUGGCAGGAGUGUGUGCCCGGUUACUGAGAGAUGCUCGACACUGCAGGAGUGGGCUGCCAGACCUGACUGUGUGGAGCACUGUGUCCAGAAAGUUUAAGGUAGUGGAGGUAAAAGGGCCAGGCGACAGGCUGUCUCAGAAGCAAAUGCUGUGGUUAGAUUACUUCCUGUCUCUGGGAGCCCAGGCCGAAGUGUGUCAUGUUGUGGCAACAGGAGCCAAGAAGCUGCAGAAGUCAUCUACUUAAACAGUCAGCACUCAAGAAGCAAAGCCAUAGACAUCUGUCCUUUGGGAUCAUAGAAAUUAUUACAUGUGAAAGGUGUUUGAAUUGAAAUCAUAUGUUUGUGUUUUGGGGGACACUGUAGCACAAGUUUAAAAGCCUUGCAGUGAUGUGAAUACAAAUUGUAAAACAAGAAUAUAUUUGAAUGGAAAUGUGGUAUUACAUAGUUACUAUGAUAUAGUUUUCUUCUUUCAAGUCCAACAUAAUUCAAAUUAAAAGCAGUACACACAAGUCAGUCAAGAUCCUUGAAAGAACCAUUUCUUCAUGUCACAAAAUUAUUUUACAUCAAAAGGUAGAGCUGUUUCCAUUGCAGUCAUUUUUUUGGAGUAGAUGUUGAUAAUUUCAUGUCAUGAAGUUUGGAUUUUUGGUCACCAUACAAAUACGUUACCACAGCUUUACAUGCGUGAUAAUGUUUGAAAUGCUUUCCUGUUUCAGUCUGUAAUUGCAAUAAAUACAGUCAUGAUGGAAAUGAUUACUGUGAAUGAAUGAUUACAGUGUUUUACUGGACCUGUCAGGGUAACAGUUCAACAACGAUUGCUGUGGUAUUUAUGUAUGAGGCAAAAUGUGCUGUCAACAGAUAAGAUUUUGUUCCAGCAGCAUCAGCCUGUCUCAGGAGCCACAGCCUAGGGCUGCCUUGCUUACUCAGCAGAGGGAAGGAACUCAAUUGUCAUUCUGGGCAAUAGAUUAUGAAUAUGUGCAAGGUAGUACAGAUGGGAGAGUGCAGGAAGGGAGUACUGUACUGUGUGGGGAGUACUACACUGUGGGGGGAGACAGAAUGGUUGCUGACUGUACUUUGCAACUAAUUAUGAUUACAUUGAUUGGGGACUCCUGCGGAGCUGACAAACAGUUGAUUACUUAUGUUCCACGGCUAAUGUUGCCUGCCAUUAGAGGAUUGAGUAACACGAAUGAAAAUGGGUGACUCUGCUCAUCAAAAGCAAGGUUAUUACACGCCAUUUUCACUGGAGGUUGUGAUCUGUGAGUUACCAAAUAUUUGGCAGAUUGUGCAAUGAAUUUCAUAGAUAAAGAAGAAAUCAUGUCAAU